GGAGGUGGCAGCUGUGGGAGGAGGCGGCGCGAGGCCCGGGAGCUCCGGCGUGACCAAUCCCGCGUCUCGGCCGCGACCCCUGAGCCCGCAGCGCACCCGAGGCGAAGCCGGCCGGAUGGGCCGCUGAGCCCGCGUCGGGGACCGGUGAGGGCGGUGCGGGGGCCGCGUCGAGCCCCCUGGAGCCCAAAGCAGGAUGUUCCGCUUCAUGAGGGACGUGGAGCCUGAGGAUCCCAUGUUCCUGAUGGACCCCUUCGCUAUCCACCGCCAGCAUAUGAACCGGAUGUUGUCAGGCGGCUUUGGAUACAGCCCCUUCCUCAGCAUCACAGAUGGCAGCAUGCCAGGGACCAGGCCUGCCAGCCGCAGGAUGCAGGCUGGGGCCGUCUCUCCCUUCGGGAUGCUGGGAAUGUCUGGUGGCUUCAUGGACAUGUUUGGGAUGAUGAACGACAUGAUCGGCAACAUGGAACACAUGACAGCCGGAGGCAACUGCCAGACCUUCUCAUCCUCCACUGUAAUCUCCUACUCCAACACGGGGGACGGUGCCCCAAAGGUCUACCAGGAGACCUCCGAGAUGCGCUCGGCACCAGGCGGGAUCCGGGAGACUCGGAGGACUGUCCGGGAUUCGGACAGUGGCCUGGAACAGAUGUCCAUCGGGCAUCACAUCCGGGAUCGGGCUCACAUCCUGCAGCGCUCGAGGAACCACCGCACGGGGGACCAGGAGGAGCGGCAGGACUAUAUCAACCUUGAUGAGAGUGAGGCUGCAGCUUUUGAUGACGAGUGGCGGAGGGAGACAUCCCGAUUCCGGCAGCAGCGUCCCCUGGAGUUUCGCCGACAUGAAGCCUCUGGAGGUGGAGGACGGAGGGCUGAGGGUCAACCCCGCCUGGCCAUCCAGGGACCCGAGGACUCUCCCUCCCGACAGUCCCGCCGCUAUGACUGGUAAUGGGCUGAGAGGCUGAGAAGCCAUUCCCUAAAAUAACUUUCCUCUCCCACUCCUACUCCCACUUUAAUAUUAAAUUAACAGGCAAGCUGGCCCCCACCUCUCCCUGGGGGUCUCAGGGAGAACCUUUCACUGCCCCCUGGCCCUCCUUUCCCCCUCUUCUUAACCUCUUCCCACCUCUAUACCCCUAACAGAACUCCUCAUUUUGCUGCUCCAUCUUCAAGCCACCACCUUCUUCUAUCUGUCCCUUUUAUGCAACCCCAGGAAUUUGGGGUGAGCUCUGGGCCAAGAGACCCCCUGCAUCCCUCAGCUACCCUGAAUCUUUGCCCACUUCCUUGGAUUACCCCCCUAGUCCCAGGGCUGUGUGUGGAGAGAGAGCUCUGGUUCCCAGCUCCCUCUCCCCAUCCCUGCACAUCACAAAAAUCUUCUCCAUCACCUUCCUCUGCCUUUAUUUUUUUGAUUUGUGCAACUUGUAACUAGGUGUUUAUGGAAUAAAGGAGAAUGGAAAAAAAAGACCGAGUAGGAUUCUGACUUCAACUUUUUAUUUCUGCCUCAGUUUCAGCCCUUCUCUUUUGAGACAUCUUCUUUGAGGCAUUCUUGUAUUGGGAGGAGAAUAUGUCUACCAAUCUCUGCUCCAAGCAAACUCAUUUAACUAGAGACAGGUGGAAGGGAGAUUCUGCACCACUGGGACUUCCCCCAGUGUUGCUAUGCCGUACCCAGGUGAUACCUAGGCUCUAGCCUGAGCCCCCCUGCGAGGCAGGUAAGCCAUCUCUCUGCCUCCCCUGCCCCCCUCCCCAUCUAUUUGUUUAUAUGAGGGAGGGAAGGAGAGAGAGAACCAGAGUUUAUCUAUGGGACAUGUGAAGAUGGGGAUCCAAUCCUGAACCUCAUGAUUUAGGGUCUUAAUGUUCUAUCCACUGCACCCCACCUUAUCCAUGGCUGCCCCCCCAACCCCCAAGAUACUAUUUAUCACUUCAUGACAUUAUGCUUGGGAUUUCGUGGCCGCCUUAACUGGAGUUAGAAGAGCCCAGCCUUCCCUCAGUGGCACUGGUUGGUGAGAAGCAGCUAGCUUCACCAGGCUAGGUCAUGAGACAGAAAACGUAAGCAGCUGUCUCGCUGGCUGUCUUCCUGCUUUUGUUGUGACGUCAUUCUUGGAGAGGAAUGUAGGGCAAUGCUCGUUGGGGCCUGAGGGAUUUGCUGGCCCUCUGCCCUUGGAUACAAUUUCUCCCCUGGACUAUGGGAACACUUGAACAGAGAAAGAAAGAGCCCAAAUAUUUUUUGGGGGGUGUCAUUCAGGUCAGCAGCAUUCUUUCAAACUUCUGCCCCCUAGUUGUUGAGAAUUUGAACCCAGGGAGGAGAGCAGAGAAGAAACCAAGCUGGAACCUGAGUGCUACUGGAAGGGAGUGAGGUGCUCAAGUUUCUCAAGACUCCUGCUUGGCCUGGCUCAGGCAAGUGGGUCACACUGUUCCUCUUGGGGACUUACUUCAUGAUGGCAAAUCUGAAGACUUCCAUCUUAAUUUCCCCCCCCAUUGGGUAAAUCAAAAGGAACAAGGAGGGGGGGGCCAGAUGUUAAGUACACAUCACUAUGUCAAGGACCUGUUGGGGGGAUGCUUCACCUUUGGUGAAACAGGUCUGCAGGUAUCUCUAGCCCACCUCUCAAUUUGUCUCUGUUAUGUCAAAUAAAAUAGGGGAGAAAAGGAAAAAUGGCCACUGAUGGGAACCAUGGAUUCAUAGUGCUGGCACCAAGUCCCACUGAUAAACUUGGUGGCAAAAAAAAAAAAAGCAAGGAGGUAGUGCUUAAGGCUCUUCCUGUUGAGGGGGUUCCUGUGCCAUUGGUGUGUCUCUCUGAAAAAGUCAUGCCAGAGCAGUGAUUAAUGAGCAGAGAUGAAUUCAAGUUCAACCACCAGGCACUGGCCUUCCAGUUCAAGGCAGGUCUUAAUAAGCAGGGCUGAAGAAGAAGCAUCGCUGGGCUGCCAGUGUCUGUAUCUUUCCCUCUAUAUCGCUUCCCCUCUCAAUUUUUCUCUUGUUUUUACCCAAUAAUGAAUAAAUAAAUAUUUAAAAAAUAAUAAGAA